CACAAUGUUGCCCAGGUGCACUUUCAUCACACCUGUACAGGUAAAGACACAAUGUUACCCAGGUGCACUUUCAUCACACCUGUACAGGUAAAGACACAAUGUUACCCAGGUGCACUUUCAUCACAGAAACGUACAGGUAAAGACACAAUGUUACCCAGGUGCACUUUCAUCACAGAAAUGUACAGGUAAAGACACAAUGUUACCCAGGUGCACUUUCAUCACAGAAAUGUACAGGUAAAGACACAAUGUUGCCCAGGUGCACUUUCAACACAGAACGGUACAGGAAGUGUCCCACCUUGAGGGGAUGGUGAUGGGCGGGGCUAGGCAGGUCCUUCCUGGCAUCCGGCAGCCGGACUACCAUCAGGAAGCCGUGAUAACACACAGUGCUAAUAAUAUGGAAUCCAGUUAUAACCAUAAUAAUGAAACAGAAGAAGACUUCCCGAAGUUUACCACCAAAGAGCUGAGAGAUCACUUUGAGAGGACCAUCGAGGAGGCUGGGCCCAGCAAGCAGAUGAAGAUUGGACGUGACAUCAAUAGAUCAAAGUGGUCCUCACAUGUGACUCAGAAGACCCUUGAGGUCCAUCAGGUAUCAGCCAGGGACGCCCUCCAGCCAGACCCCCCCGACUCUGGCGCUGCCUUUGUCGGUUACGAGGAGGACUUCCCACCGCCACCACCGCCUCCUGAGGACUUUGACUUUCUGCCCCCCCCACCUCCUGACUUACUCCAGGAUCCAGUGGAUAUCCCAGGCUGCUGUUCCCCCCCGCCGCCACCGGGCUUGGCCUCCCCACAGCCCCUCAACAGAGAGGCCUACUGCCAGCAGAGAAACAUGAACGAGCUGAAACGCCUGUACAAACACAUCCAUCCGGAAGUGCGUAGGCAUAUUGAGAGAGAGUACUUCAGCGAUAGUGAGAUCCAGAACAACCGGUUGGAGAGCCAGGAGCACAUGUAUGAGCAGGAGAUCAGUGGAAGUCCAGAAGAAGAUGUUGAGUGGGAUGAGGUGGUCCAGGGGGAGGUGCAGUCCAGGCGUUGGAUGUUUGAGAAUAAACCACUGGACACCAUCAGAGAUGAGACUCUGGAUGAAGACGAGGACACCAGGAGAGUCCAGCAAGAGAGGAUCGUGGGGAAGGACGUGAGACGCACAGCGUGGAUGUUUGAGAGCCGGCCAAUGGACGCUCUGGGUUCUGACCACACUGACCACUCAGCGUUGAGGAAUAAAUGCAGUAAGUUAGACACAGGCGAUGUCCGUGCAGCGGCGUGGUUGUUUGAAACUCAACAAAUGGAAAGUCUCAAUAAAAUGCAUAGAGAGGAAGAUCUUACCAAAGAGAUUGUGUUCACGGAAGAAGAUGGGAAUGCAACUAUUGCCAUGAUUGACAACAAGUACAUGGAAACUUUAGGUCACACCGAGACCAUCGAUGAACGCCAUUUGCUGAGUCUCAGGACAGUUUUGGAGGAAAUCAACGGAGAAGUGAAAACAGUCACAAGUACCUUCGACACUCAGUUCAAAUGUGUCAUUAUGGGACAAUCCAGACAGAUGCUGGAAAUCAAAUCUGUCCGUAAAGUCGAAACAGAAUUGGAGCAUUCCGUGGCUUCACGUUGGCUGUUUGACACACAGCUGCUGGAUCAUGCGGAUCAGGGUUUUACUCAGAUGAAGCUGGUGUGCAGCCUUUCAAUGGAAGACAGCAGUAGAGCAGAUUGGGGGAGGUGGUUGUUUGAAAUCAAGACCAUAAAUUCUCUUGAGGAAUGGGAAAGCUCACAUAUGCAGAAGGAAGAAAUCGUUGGAGCUGAUGUGCGUAGACAUUGCAUGGCUUUCGAGACACAGCCUAUGGAUUCUCUUAAAGAUGAUUCAAAUGCUAGACCUCAGACUGUUGAGGACGUUAUUGGGGGCAAUGUUAGAUCAGCAAGAAACUUUUUUGAGAGCAGCCCUAAAAUUGAUAGAAAGAAUUACACAGAGGUAGGAAAACUCAGAAAAAUAACUGAGGACGAACUAGAAAAGGGAGAAGUCAGACACCAAAAGUGGCGAUUCGAAAGUCAACCACUGGAGCUCAUUAGAGAGGACAAGAAGGAGGUCCUCAGGACGGUUAACAUCGAUGAAGACCUCACACGGGAGGAUGGAAGCAGUUGCAAAGCAGAUGUGCGUAAAAACUGCUGGGUGUUUGAGACGCAACCUAUGGAUACCUUGAAAGAUGACGCCAAUUCUAGACUUUUGUCGAAAGAGGAAAUCAUUUCAGGGGAUGUGCUAUCUGCAAGAAAUUACUUUGAAACGAUGCCAGCUGAUUAUUUAAAGGAUCUUGCAGAAGUAGGGAAGUUGAAGAAAAGAAAAGCACUGGAGGAAGAGCGAGGGGAUGUGACGCACCAGAAGUGGCGCUUUGAAAGCCAACCGUUGGAGAACAUAAGGGAGGAGAAGAGAGAAGUGAUCCGCACCAUUGACCUCCAGGAGAUCGAUAAAGUGGACGUUUCAAACUAUAAGGAAAUAUUUGAGACCACAGAUUUAAGCAGCAAGGAUGACUCUCAGAAGAUUCACAUCGAGGGUGUAACCUCUGGUUCUGUGAAAUCGAACACUCAUUUGUUUGAGUCAACCCAACUGUAUGCAAUGCGAGACAGCUCAGGACAAUACCACGAGGUGAGAACUGUUCGGAGGGAAGAAGUGGUCAAAGGAGAUGUCACAACUUGCAAAUGGAUGUUUGAGACACGUCCUAUUGACCAGUUUGAUGAAAGUACAAGCAAAUACCAAGUUAUCAAGGGAAUAUCAAAAGAGCAAGUGGAAUCGGGUGAUGUUAAAACUGCCAAAUGGUUGUUUGAAACACAACCUCUGGAUGGUAUUAAAUACUUCAGCAAUAUUGAAGAAGAAGAAACUGUUGAUACAAGCAAACGUAUUGAAAUCGUCAAAGGUGAUGUCAAAAACUGCAAGUGGCUUUUUGAAACUAAACCAAUUGACAACCUGUAUGACAGAGUUGACUUCAAAAGUGAUGGUGACUGUUUUGAAGUAAAAAAGGGAGACGUCAAAACCUGUACCUGGCUUUUUGAGACACAAGCCCUCGAUGCUAUCCAUGAUGAGGAGCAAAAAGUUCUCAAAACAUGUACGGCCACUGAGGAAGAUGUUAGGGGUAAGGAUGUAAAAAUGGUUCGUGUCCUCUUUGAAACUGAAAAUCUUGAGAAGCUCACAGGGAAAGAUGGCUGCUCCUUUAAGCAAGUCACUGAAGUAGACAUUGAAUCUGGAGAUGUUUCAAGAAAGAAGUACAUUUUUGAAAAUCAAACGCAGGACAUCAUGACAUCUACGACGGAGGAAACAAUGCAGAAGCUUAAAACCCUUCAGUCAGAAGAUAUACAAAAGGGAAACGUGGUGAACUGCAAAUGGCUGUUUGAAAACCACUCCGUAGAUAAAGAAGAGGUCAUAGGUAACCACAUUGUGGAUGAUGUGCAAGGUGGGAGUGUUGACAAAGGCCGUUUUAUUUUUGAAACCUGUUCUUUAGAUAAAAUUCAGGAAGCAUCCUCUGAUAAGGAGAUGCAGAAAAUCAUUCGAGAAGAUGAAGAGAGAGGUGACGUGAGAAACUACACAACAAUGUUUGAAACUCAGCCUCUGUACGCCAUUCAGGACAAAGAUGGCCAUUACCAUGAGGUGACCACCGUGACCAGUGAGGAGGUCAUGCGGGGGGAUGUGGUAGGAUCCCGAUGGCUGUUUGAAACCAAGCCCCUGGACUCUAUCAAAGACACAGAGGAGGUCUACAUCAUCAAGUCUGUCACACAGGAGGAUGCACACAAAGGAGAUGUGACUUCAGCAAGGUGGAAGUUUGAAACCCAGCCUCUUGAUGGGAUUGUUGCGGAAAAGGUUUUAAUAAAAACUGUGGACGAUAUCCAAGGAGGUGACGUGAGAAUGAACAAGCAUCGUUUUGAGUCAGAUGCUCUGUCCCAGAGUUCAGUUAAAACCGUUAAUGUCAGUGAGAUACAAAAAGGUGAUGUAAGCACAGCAAAAUGGAGAUUUGAAACACAAUCGAUUGAUAAGAUAAAAAGUAUGAGUGCAGAAAAUCUGCUUGAAACCAUUCAAAAGGAAGAGACUGCAAGGGGCGACGUCAAACAAUCUGUCUGGUUAUUUGAGAAGAACCCCCUUGACCACAUUAAAGAGAUUGAUGAGGGUGUCACGACCAUCACUCAAGAAGAAAUUCCAAAAGCGGACGUGAAGUCAACCACUUGGCUCUUUGAAACGACACCCUUUAACAACUUUAAUGAAACAAAUGUAGAAAAGACCGAAAUCCUGGGUAAGAGCAUUAAAAGGACCCUUGAGGAGCUGUACUGUGAACAUAUGGUAAGCUCAAAGGGAGUGAUCAUCGAAGCUGAUGAAAUAGGCGAUGUCAGAAUGGCAAAAUACCAGCUCAUGAACAAGAACACCCCAGAGAUUCAAAGGCAGCAGGUCAUCAAGGGAGAUCUGGAAAGUAUUAUGAUGAAGCUAUUGAAUAGACAGGAAACAAAUGACAGGCAGAUAACAAUAGACUCUGAGGAGAAGGGCAACAUCAGUUCAACAGUGCAUCAAUUGUUGAAUCAAGCGAGUGAAAGCAGUGUUGAAAAAGAGCAAAUAUUGAAGGGGGACAUCCAGGAGGCUGUAAGAAAUCUUUUUAAAGAUGAUGGCUCUAGCAAACAUGGAAUGCUCAUCCAAGAGGAUGAAAAGGGAGAUGUGAGAAUGACAAUCUAUUCCCUGUUGAAUAAGGAAGACAACGUACCCCUUGAAAAGGAGGGGGUGAUCAGAGGAGACAUAAAGAAUGCUCUCGAGAAACUAUCGAACCAUAACAGUAUAGAUCAGAAUGUUGUCAUUAAAGUUGAUGAAACAGAGAGAGGAAAUGUGCGCUUCUACUCAACCUGCAUUGAAUCCGGAGCCGUUGACCAUCUCAAGCAACUCCACUUAGAGGCAGAUGAGUGCGGAGCGGAGACGGUGGAAAAAGAACCGAUUAUUGGAGGAGACAUCAAGAGCAUGAAAAUAACCCUCUGCCAAAAUCAGGCAGAAAUCGGGCGUACUGUGGAAGAUAUCGUUCCUGGCGAUGUUCACAACACAGUCAAAGCAUUCAUGUCAGAGCCAAGCAUUUUACUGGAAGGUGUCCAAAAAGAGGAGAUUGUCAAAGGUGACUUGAAAGCGGCUCUGAGCUCGCUCUCUGAUUCUGUUAACCAGAGUGUAGUAAUAGAGAAAGAAGAGGUGGUGAAAGGCAACAUACCAAAGGCUCUGCGCUGCCUGGAGAGAGCUCAACAACGCUACAAAGAGGUUGAGAGGCCACAUAUUAUUCCGGGCAAUAUCAAAGGUGCUCUGAAAUCUCUUGAGGAAUCAGCAACUUCCAAAACUGAAGCUCUCGUUGAAGAUUUAGUUUGUGGAGAUGUUAAAGCGACGCUGAAGUCUUUGGAGCAGGCCAAGCAAGCAGUAAGGGACGUUGAGAAGGUAGAGAUUAUAAAGGGUGACAUUCACAUGACGAUGCAGUGUCUACAGGAUGCUUCAAAUGAGAGGUGGACAAGUCUACAGGAAAUUGAUGUGCAGGGCGACGUAAGAGGCACUAUCCAGCAUUUUCUGGAGACCCCGUCCUCUCCAAGAAUGCAAAGGAGGGCAAGCCUUGAAGGGGAUGUCAAGCUGUCAAUCAAAUCCCUGUCCGAGGAUCAUGAGAAAAGCCAGUUAGAGAAAGAGGAGGUGAUUAAGGGGGAUGUUAAAGGAACCAUCAAGUCCUUGCUGGAGACCGCACAUCGGGAAACUCCCAAGGUUCACAGAAAGGUAAGAGUGAAACACAGCCCUCCCAUUAAAAACCUGAACGUUGAGAGGAAUCUAAAGGAAAUAAAUACUGCACAACAAGUUGCAUCACAAGAAAGUUGUACAACCUCUACUGAAGCCAAAGUUGAAACAACACACUUUUGUUCUAUGCACAAGUCCUCUCAGCAAUCCACUGUGGUAGAACACAAAACGAUUACCCAAAACCAUGGUAUUAAAACCUUGAAGACUGAGUUCCGUAAUUUAAACAAAAAACAUAAAGGCCCAGCAAAGCCGUCUAAGAGCAAAGCAGGAAAGAGUGAUGUUCACGACGCAAAGCCGGGUCUGCCGGGGCCCGAGUUACCGCUACCUCCACCCCCUCCACCCGUUGCAGAAAGUGAUCUGCCUCCUCCGCCCUCGCCUCCUCGUUCACCAUCAGGGGAUCAUGAGCUUGAUCAGCUGCCUCCUCCCCCUCCACCCAUCAUUUAUGAUCAGGAUCUCCUUCCACCUCCGCCUUCUCAGCAGGAGCUGGAUAACAUGCCGUUGCAGGUAAAGCAUCCCUCUCUGGCUAAAGCAAAGAAAAUGAAAAAAGUGAAAGCCCCGAUCUUGUGCCCUGUGCCGAAGUUGGACCCUAAAGUAGAUAUAAGUAAGACCCUUCAUGUAACACGAAAGACAACUACAACCACCAACAACCAAUCUAUGGUGGAAGGAAGCCAGACGGAGUCAAAGCACUCGACCGAACAUGUGCUUUGUGAAAUCCCUCUUCCCACUCAAUCAACAGGACCAUUGGAGAAGGUCUGCAUCCCGGUGAGAUUUACACCUCCACCUUCUCCUCCGCCUUCUAUGAGAGGCAAGAUGUCGAAGUUUGACACUCCCUUAAUUAAAGCAGAAGAAAAGUUCAGAAUAUCAAAGGAGGACAGAACCCCUCCCACUACUCCAACACCGACCUACGUACAUGAGAGUGUCACAUCUGCCCUUGAAAUGCUUUCAAGCCAAGAUUACAUCUCAGACGGUACUAAGGACAUCUCAGACCAUGCUGAGGAAAUGGCUGAAAAGACUGUGGCAACAAUUCAAUCGGACUCCAUUGUCGCAGUAACAGACAGCAAGGUUUGCUCUUUCAAGCAGAACUUUUCAAAUGUGACUACUGUUAGACAACAAACACUUUCAACAUCUACUGAGCUUGUUAUUUCGGGUUUCUCACAAUCCACCAAGUCCAUGACAACUAAUCACAUCCAGAUAUCAAAUGCAGAUGUUAAGAAGAUUGAAAUGAAAGGUUCAGGAACGAUGGUUGAGAAAGAUGAUGGUGACCUGCAAGACAGCAAAUUGAGCAAGUCCAAGGAAUCAGAGAGAAAGAAGAAAAAAGAUAAGCAAUCAAAAAUACCUGAUAAAGACAAAUCAACUAUGGCAGUCAAAACAUCUCAGUCAAACACUGAGAAACACAAUGAGUCUCUUGCCCAAGAAGAAAUAUCUGAUCCUCCAGUUAAAACAGCAAAGACUGGCAAUGGAAAAACAGGGAAGUUAUCCCAAAAGGCAAAGAAGAACAAUAAGCAAGAAAAACCGACAAAAGAAACCAAGAAUGCUAAUGAGAACGAGAAGACAAGCGGUGCACAAAUGAAUGAUAUGAAGGCCAAAGUAAAAGAACCUGCAAAGCUGAAGGAAUCGGUGGAAGAACCUGCCGAGAAGAAGGAACCUGUGAAGGAACCUGGGAAGAAACUGGAAGAGGUAAAGGAACCUGUGAAGAAACCUGUGAAGAAACCUGUGAAGAAAUCGGCCGAGAUGAAGGUGAAGGAACCGGCCGAGGUGAAGGAACCGGCCGAGGUGAAGUUGAAGGAACCGGCCGAGGUGAAGGAACCAGCCGAAGUGAAGGAACCAGCCGAGGUGAAGGAACCGGCUGAGAUGAAGGUGAAGGAACCGGCCGAGGUGAAGGAACCGGCCGAGGUGAAGUUGAAGGAACCAGCCGAGGUGAAGGAACCGGCCGAGGUGAAGGAACCGGCCGAGGUGAAGUUGAAGGAACCGGCCGAGGUGAAGGAACCAGCCGAAGUGAAGGAACCAGCCGAUGUGAAGGAACCGGCCAAGGUGAAGGAACCGGCUGAGAUGAAGGUGAAGGAACCGGCCGAGGUGAAGGAAACAGCCGAGGUGAAGGAACCGGCCGAGGUGAAGGUGAGGGAACCGGCUGAGAUGAAGGUGAAGGAACCGGCCGAGGUGAAGUUGAAGGAACCGGCCGAGGUGAAGGUGAAGGAACCGGCCGAGGUGAAGGUGAAGGAACCGGCCGAGGUGAAGGUGAAGGAACCGGCCGAGGUGAAGGUGAAGGAACCGGCCGAGGUGAAGUUGAAGGAACCGGCCGAGGUGAAGGAACCGGCCGAGAUGAAGGUGAAGGAACCGGCCGAGGUGAAGGUGAAGGAACCGGCCGAGGUGAAGGAACCGAAGGUGAAGAAGGUGAAGGCCGCUGUUAAUGAGGACGUUCUGCAAGCCGCUUCUUCUCCUUCUGCUACGGGGGCGGCGACAGCUGUCGUUGCCACGGCUACAGCUGUCGUUGCCACGGCUACAGCUGUCACUGCCAAGGUUACCAUCAAUGCCCUUGAAAACCAACCAGCAAGUUCGUCUGGAACGAAGAAGAAAAGGAAGGCAAAAAAGUCAAAAGCUGCAGCACAUUCGGGUCAGAGUAAAGAAACAGAAUCAAGUGUAAGCCAAGAAACCAUAACAGUGACCAGUAUGUGUAAAGAUUUGAGUGGAGGAGGACAUAUACCGGUCCACAAGGAAGCUGUUAUCACAGAAAGUCUGGUGGAGCAGAUUGUGUGCCAGGAAACGGUUCAGGUUGAAGAACAGGUAAAGACCCUUUUCUCAACAUCUAAUCAGCAGGAAGCUAAAGAAAGCCGGGAUGUACCUAUCAUAGUGACAAGUGAUUCAGAACACAAGUCUCUUUUUCAGUGCACAACAGAGACUACAAAUGAUUCCCAAAGGCAAAAGGUGCAGUCAAUAAUCUCACAGAUAGCAGAGAUACAAACGGUAUCUGGAAAACAUAAUAUAAAAUCUGUGAAAACUCUGCUCAAUACAAUUCCAAUGUGGAUCCUGACUGAAGAGGAGAAAUGUGAUUUGGAAUUAUCUGCAAUUCAAAAUAAUGCAAAUGAAAUUGUAUUAUAUUUGCAGAAACAAUUGGAAGCUAAACUUUUAUUUCUCGAUGGCAAUAAACCUGUUGAAAAACAUGAAUGUGAUUCUAGCAUUGAAAGAGAAUCCCCUACUCGAGCGACACAGAGAAUAUCAAAAAUCAGUAUCGGCUCGACCAGAGUGGAGUCCAGCACCAAACAAAAUAAAGAGAGUAGAGGACAGGAAGCCGGUCAGGGAAGGGUUCCAUCCCCCUCACUGAGGACACGCCCACCUUCGCCGACAUUCAUCACCAUUGAAUCCACACGAAGAACAGACUCACCACAAAGGGUCACGCCAUCGCCCACCCUGCUGCACAGACCGGCGACGCCGCCCACUCCCCCACCCCGGAGGUCAGACACCCCCACCUCGCGCAUCAACAGAAUAACGCCAUCUCCUACUUUUGACCGAGUUGAAAGCUUGGCUCGGCUGAAGGACACAACAGCCAAACUGUCACGUGUCGUGACGCCACCUCCAUUUCUGCAGCAGGUAACGGGGAAGAAAGCUGAGAUUGUGGAAACUCCUGCAUCAUUUCACCACCAAAUCAAGAUGGAGUCUGAAACCGUGGUGGUCUCAGAGACGUUGGUUAAGAAAUCUAAGAGUGAAAAGAAGUUAGGAAAGGACCAGGAACAAGUGCCGGUUGAUGGCCUACCAAUUGUUAAUCCUGUGAACAUAAGCAAGAACUUCAGUCAGCCUGGAUCCAGUCUAAAGAUGGAUUCUUCAAUCCAGGACGUUGAGGAUUCCGCACCGACGUCAGAGCAAGUGGUUUUAACUGUAAAAGACAAGAAAGAGGCUCAGAAAGCUGAAAUAAAUAAGACGGAUUUGAGGAGGAAGCGGAUUGAUAUUCCGGAAGGCUUGGGGCUGGAGGAAAAGGCCUCUGAUACAGGCCAUGAGGAGAAGGAGAUGGAUGAGCAUCCCAGGGUGGAUUUGUCAGGUCUGGUCAACCGAUUCGAGAUGGCAGAGGAAAGAGUCUAUACCAUUAAAGAUCUGAUCGCACGGUCGGAACACCACCACAACGAGACCGAGGUCACAGAAUCCAACACAACAGCAAGCAUCAACCUUCUAGAACAGGAACUGCCUGAGUUCGACAUCCAGGUGAUUAAAAAUAUAUUCAAACUGGACGAACAAAGUUCCUUGCACAAAGCGGAGAAAAGCCAUCAUGAGAUAGGGGUUUUGCAGACAGACAGACCCAGGUCUAAGAACCAGCAGCGGUCCAGGGAGGAUUCUCGACAGAACACCCCUGUUCCUUUACACGUGGAAAGUGUUGAACAUUCAGAGUCAUCUGAACAAGCAGACUUCUCUGAAACCAGGAUCACCACAGAGCACUCCAACGUUGACCUCUUUGGCAACAAGGCGGUGGGAACCAAGACCAUGAAGACGGUCUCUGAAUCCUCUGGGAGGGUAUCUGACACGAAGGCUCCUUUCUCUUACGCCGACAUGGUCAAGCGGAAGGCGGCAAAGCAAACCGAGACCGAUGACGAUUCUUCCACAGAGGAACUGCUGAGGAACUUCCACAAGACGUGGACAGAAAGCGAGACAGUCUUCAAGAGUCUGGGCUACAGUGUCACUGAGGAGAAAUCAUCACAAAUUGUGACACAAGUGACAAAGUCUUCACAAGCUGAUUCGCGUUCUGAAGUCAGAGCUAUGCACAGUAUGUCGGAGGAGAGUGUACCCUAUGGACGCGGUGAUAAUGGACAGAAAGAAGUACCAUAAAACCUGCUUCUGCUGUCAACACUGCUCCAGUCCAUUAACCCUUGGCAACUCUAUCUCUCACCAUGGACAUCUGUACUGCCUGGCCCAUUAUAAACAGCUCCUCAAGUCCAAGGGGAACCUGGACAGGCUGGCAGCGCCUGCUGUCCCCUACCCCCCCCAGGCUGACUGGAGGCAUUCAGUUAGCAGCCUGGAUUCAGCACAGUUAUUGGAUGACACCAAACCAAAUGCAAGUAAGAUGUCUGUGGUUUGGCCCCCACAAGCGGGUCCCACAAUCAAAGGGUUCAAAAUGGAGGAAGACAUUCAGCUCACCAGACCCCAAUGGCCCCCCCCAGAUCACGCCCCCAAAUCCCUCCCUCAACAGCACAGGAAAGCUGUCCCCAGGAGCGUCAUCUGAGAGUGCCGAGAUCUAAACCAAUAAAUAGAAACCAUGACAGUCAGCACAGUGAGGUGAGGCAGCUGUUGUGAUGGUAAAAGUAGAGAAAUGAAGGUAAUAUGGUCAAGUGUCAGAGAAGGAACGUGGAAGGAGAUGGUUAGAUGUACAAUGUGUGAUAUGGGAAAGGUCUGUGUGGUCAGUGCUGCAGGGUUAGAGAGCACAAUAAGAGUAAUGCAAAUGUAUGCGACGAUAACAAUAAUACAAUAUAACGCUGCAAUUAACACACAGCGACUUCCUUGUUAUGUACAUUACAACUGGUUUCCACCUGUCAGUAUAGCAGUAUGUAAUAUAAUGUCGCAGUUCAGAUCAACAGCGUAUUGUAUUAGAAUAUCUAGUACUGUUUACAGCCUGUUUAGGGAAACACUUGAGUCAAACCUUACACUGAAUUGAUAGCUAAACAUAAACUCAGAAAAGACAGUUUUCUAUGUUAAGUUAGUUUUUCAUUACUGAUAUUUUUUUAUUAAAUCAUCAGCUUACCACAGCAGAUGGAGAAGUGAAAAUAGGCAAUACUCAACGUUGAUAACACCAAGAAACCCAUUUUAACAGGCUCAACUCAAAGUUUGAAACACAGGAUGUUGAUCCAUCCAUCCAUUUCCUUCUUUGGAGGCAUAGUUCAACAAGGUAUCAGGGAUUCAUAUUUCUUAGAGCAAAUAAAUUAGUGUUCAUGAAGUUGUUUAUUUGACCCAUAAUUCUUAAUGAAGAACAGUGAUUAGACAAUUAAACCCUGCGAUUUUGUUGAAUCUUCUUGCCAUCCAAGACCGAGGACAUGCCCUUUGAUUUAACCAUAUUUAAGCCCUUCUUAUUGUAAAAAGAAAAACUUUGGGACAGAUUUUAAUCCUAUCUCUUGUUUGUUUUAUUUUAUUGUGAUUAGAUUUUUCUCUGACAUUUUUACAUUAGCUUUUUUCUGGCACCUGGUGUGCAAGUAAAAAUUAUCUUGGAAAUAUUGUAUUUAUAAUAUAUAACGUAUAUAUAUUGCUCCCAAUAAAUUGUUAAAAGUAAUAAUACAAAUGUAUGUUUUGGACAUUUCUAUCCUAUUUUAAGCAAUAAACUUUUUUG